GGAAAAUAGCGUUUUUUAGCGUGAUCUAAGCUAAAGAAACACAGUUUAUCGUACCAUUGUUGUCAGACUUUACUGUUUAUUUGAAAUAUGAUCACUGGUCGUAGUCUUGAAGAACCGUUUUGGAAUUUUUGGUCUUUCUUCAGUCAUCUAGAUGGCAGCUGUACUUUUAUGCCGCUUAUAAUAACCAUAGAAAAUAGCUGCCCAGGAUCGUUGUAUAGGUGGUCCCGAUUGGACUAACUUUUUUUUUUUUUUUUUUUGGAACGGAGAUGCUUCAGUUGGCUGAAUAAACUGCUUUUGUGAGGAAAUAGUUCAUCAUUUAAUAAAUGUACCGCCUGUACGCUAAACCUCAGCAUGUUUUAGAUUAAACAAUCCUUUUGGAAUGCACCAUGUGUGCGGUUUACUACGAUGUUGCUGUCAUUGGCAAUUUUUGCGACAGGAAGGUGUCAGUUUACGGCUCUCCCCAUUAAUUUGUAUGGUAUCCACAAACGGUGAUUAACUGUCGUAACACGCUAGUUGACCGUUACGCUCUCUCCAAUGGUAAAAACAAAAGAGGUUGUUUAAGUAUAAAAUAUCUCUGGUCUGAACUCUACGCAUGCGCAUCACUUCGUAGGGAACAAGUUUUGACGCUCCCGUAAAGCGCCACUUGGCGGCGUAGAUUAAACUGAAUUUUUUUCAUUAUCCAGAAGAUUAAUCUUUAUUUGCAGGUUUAACUGCCGAACGACCACUGGAAAAUCCUGAACGCAGGAUAAUAGUUUAAAUCAUGCGGCGUUACUCUGCGAUCUGGUUUUGCAGUAGUGGUUUCGAGCUACAUGCUGCAGAUCGUGUUGUUGCCCCUUCAUAAUAUUUUGCUUAUGGGAACUAUCCGAUCAGUAGUAGCUUGUUUAUCUCUGGCCGCUUUAGCGAGGAAGAUGAACACCGCGGCGGGGCUGUGCUUGCCCGGGACAUCAUGCGGGCGUGCAUCCGGGCUGCUACGCCUGACUUCAGUCCCUGGUUAUGAUAAAAAACGCGUGAAUGAUGUUUUACUAUUAACACCCCUAACCAGAACGCAGAAGGAAUGUGACAACGAGACUGAGAAGAUGCGGAACGUCAAUGCUCACGUAGUCUUCUUUCCCGGGGACAUUCAGGACUUCCAGCAGGAAAUGGCCCUCCAGCCGGAUGCUGCCCCAUGGCAGUCCUGGAGUCUUGAGCGUGUGGCUCUCACCCUAGGCCACCGUUUUCCUGGCUGCCAUAUCUGGGUUGUCCGUGCUUCCCGCAUGUACCUGCACAAGUUCAGCUGCUAUCAGAACUUUGUAGAGAGCAACUUAUUUGGAGCACCAGAACACUCUCCAGACUAUGGAGCCAUUCGCCACCUGAGGGCACUCCUGGGUCACGGCAUGGUGCAGGCUGGCCUCCCGAAUCCUUUACCCCCUCUUAGUGAUACAUCCACCCCUGCCCCUCUUCCUUCUGGUUUUACCCUGACCCUAGUGGGCUUCAGUAAGGGAUGUGUUGUUCUCAAUCAGAUAGUGUAUGAGCUGGCUGGAGCUCGUGCAGAUCCAGAACUGAGGCUGUUUCUGGACAGUGUCUCAGAUAUGUACUGGCUGGAUGGAGGGCAUCCUGGUGGUAAUGAGACAUGGGUGACUGAUAAGUGUGCCCUGGGUGUGCUGGCCUCUAGUGGGAUGGCCGUCCAUGCCCACGUCACACCUUAUGAGGUAAGGGACCCAAUGAGGGCAUGGGUGGGACGUGAGCAUGGGCACUUUAUAAAGACCCUGGAGGGUCUGGGUGCCUGUCUAAGCCAGAAAGUGCACUUUGAGGAUGAGCCGGCAUCCAUUGAGAAUCACUUCCGGGUCAUUCAGGAGUUUUGACUGUUCUUGAUCUAUGCUUUCUUAAGUCUUAACAUGGAAUGUAGCCUAUUUCUUGCAGGGUAGUAGGCUCUGUAUUGCACAGAUAUAUCAGUUAAUCAAGCGCUUUGAGUCACCAGGUGUUUGGAGAAUGAUUGUAUGCUGCCUUUUCAGUUUUCUUUAAUAGGAGGAAAUAUUGAAGCUGAAUGACCUGGAACUUGUAAAAUGUUUAGCUGCAUGGCAUUAAGCCUUAUUGUUUGGUAAUUGCAUAUAACUACAUAUAGACUGAAUACUCUUACAUAGUCAAUUUGGAAUGUUGACUUUGCUCGUUUUUGUAAAGCUUCUCAAAUCAUUCAAACCAUUACCUCCUCCUGUUCCAAGUUCUCUUUUUCCCCAACACAGAAAGGAAAGGAGAAAUUACCUGAAAGUAAUUAUUAAUAUAAUUAACUUCAAAAGUAACUAUUUAAAUCCAUAUAUAUAAUUUUUUUUUUUUUUUUUUUUUCGUUCUUAAUUUAAUUCAUGAGCAUGAAUUUUCAUUUCAAGCUUCUGUCCUUAAUUUUCUAAAUGGAUAAUCUUGAGCGUAGGAGCCCUGCUGCCCUACCAAGGCAUAUUGUCUAAAUUUCUUAAUGCUAUUUUGGUGCAAAUAUAUAUAUAUAUGUUUUUUCACUAUCUUAAAAAUACUGCAGGCAAGCAAAUCCACUUAAGAGUUAAAAGCCUUGUUACAGCCUCAAACUGUAGGUUUCAUGAGUAUCUGCCCAGAUAUGACUGCAUUGGUUUAUAAUAACAAUGUUUUCUGGUUGGUGUUCAGUUUCUGGGAUUUCUUUGAUUUGUUAACGUCUGAUGACCUUCACUGGAAUUAAUUGUAUGUGUGUGUGUGUGUGUGUGUGUGUGUGUGUGUGAUAUAUAUAUAUAUAUAUAUAUAUAUAUAUAUAUAUAUAUAUAUAUAUUACAUUUUGUUAGAUUAAAAAAAAAGUUCAAAUAUAUUAUUUGCUGAAUCGGUGCAAUUUUCAUAAUUGCACAGUAUUUACAGAAACUUUUCUUGCUUUGUACUUAAAGGUAUUCCAUUCUCUGUGUUUGAAUCCCAGACGACUAUUCUCAAGGUGGCGCACUUUAUCUGUAUUGAAUAUGUCACAUACUAAUGAAUAUGUGAAUUUGUAUUUAACUUCUCAAUGCAAUGCGAUGAAUGUAGUUCUUGCUUCAUAGCCAUUCCAAGAGUUUCCAUGCUGAUGUAAUUAAAUAGAAGUGGUAAAAUGUUUUGGUGUUCUGUUUAAUAAGAAUUAUUAACCUUAAAAAAUGCAGUUCCAAUUAUGACAUGAAAAUACUUGAAAUUUUGCAGCAAGGAGGGGAUCCAAAGUAAACAGAAAAUGCAGAACAUCAAAUGCACAGCUGCAAUGCAAUUUCCAUCAACGUACAGAAGGAUUUAAGAGGUUAAUAAUGUUUUAAUUUAUUUGUCAAAGAAGCAAAAAAAAAAAAAAAAGUGUGUGUAUGUAUAUACACUAACAUUUUACAAAAUUGAAAUGCUUAUUUAGAUAAAUCUGGAAAAAGUGGUCUAAUAUUCAUUCACCUAUUCUCUAUCUAUAGCUUAACUAUCCUUGAAAUUUAAGGCAGUAGCUCUACAUUUAUACAUUUCCAUGGACAUUGAGAAAAAGGAGUCCAAUGGUGCAUUUCAGAAAUAUACAAAUUUAUUCAGUCCAGGUGUCAGAGCAAGUCAAUUUUUUUUAUAUUAUACCCUUUUAAAUUAUUAAAAUAAAUCAUAAUGUGGAUGUGUGAGGGCUAUCAUGUCUCAUAAAAUAAAUGGGAAAUGUUUGAUCACUGAAUUUGUUGAACACAUGAAUUUGUCCAUAAAAUCAGUAACAUCAAAUCUAUAUUAAGGGUGCAUCCUUUACAAGACUUUACAAUGGCUACACUCAUUUGUGUAAAUCAACUGAACAACAUUUAUUCUGAUACAUUUCAAAAUACACAAAUGUAAUCACCAAAUGAAGCAUCAUCCAGUAGUUUUUCCUUAUCCUGCCACUCUAAGAAAAGUAGGACAAUUAUCUACAAAGUUUAUCCCUUAAGUGUCCCCUUGCAAAGUUACAAAGUUUGUGUCAAGACAUGGCAAGCUUUCUGUAAAAACCACAGUGACUGUUUUGAAAUGCAUUCGAAAGCCUGGCCUAUUCUCUAUUGAAUCACCUCACCUCCCUUACCCAUCGCUAAGCUGUUCAUUACUGUUUCCCAGGCAGGGGAAAUAGAUUGAAUAGAUUCAAGUUUUCCUUUAAGAUGACAGCAUACAGUGAGCACACGACCGUGACAAGAGCCUGUCGUCUUAGGAGACAAUAGGCCUAUUAUGAGUGCUGGUGACAUCUCUUGGAAACCAUAAAGCCCUGAGCACACAAACACAGAUGAGCUCUUCACACCUCUUAAACAGAGAACAAAAAGCUGAAGGCCUCAACCUCCAAGACUGAACCAUGACAUACCAACAUUUCCAGUUCUAACACCCAGUUGCAAAAGCAGUCAACAAUAUACAGUAUUCAAUUAUUUGCUAGCCUUGUUUUCAUCAAUUUACUGCACACUUUGUGAUGUGCAUUCUUACUCUAAUCUGUUUUGCACCACAACACCAGUGUUUCGCUUAUUCUAACAUUCCUUUGCCUUCAAUUCAAUUUCAUUCCAGAACACAUAUACCUUACUUU